GGCGGCCCUUGGCUUUGUGUUGUUGACAGAAAUUGGCCCUUGGUGAAAACUAAUUGGGGAACCCAGAUCUACUGGAAGGAUGCCAUCUUUUGCACGCUUAAAUAACGCUUGCUGUCAAUCAUAAAGAAAUGUAUGUUUUGUACCAUAUGGAGUACUACAUGGAAAGGUGCAAACAUCUUUUUUAAAUGUAUGUUGAUUUUUAUUAGUGACGACUCAAAUCUUCUACUUUAAACAGUCACAAUAAAAUGGUACGAACCCCUUCUGAAAGUAAUGUAGGAUGACAUUAAAUGAGAUAAGAGCUGAACACUUCAUUCUUCUGUUGCUUUCCACCUUCGCUUGCGCAAGAGCGAAAGAAUCGGAAAGUCAGUGAGUUUUUGUCUGUGUCUCUUUAGUGGGAGGAGGUGACGAGGGAAACCUGUUAUUUCCUCCUCUACAGCUCUCUUAUAAAGCUCUCGUCAUAAUGUCUCCCAUCAGUUGAGAAGCACCUCUUGUGGAUACUUUUACACAGCUGUCUUCUGAUGAUGUCCGCGUCCACAGAUGUUGAGAGUAAGACCUCCGAUGCGCGCUCCCGCACCAGGUGUUUGGACACCUUCCUCAUCGUGUCCGUGAUCGCGCUCUUCGUCCUGUUUUUCGUCAUGCUCACUGCCACGUUGUUUUUCACCAAACACCUCAAGAGCGAGAUUAACGCGCUGACGUCGCAAGAAUCCGACGGAUACACGGACAAACUCAUGGCGGGCGCAUCUGGAGCCGCAUAUAAUAUGCAGAAUUUUGCAUACCUUAGGGCCACCAACAGUCAACUGGUGGAAGGCGAAGUGGAGUGGGAAUCUAUACCUUAUGGUAAGGGACAGUCCAUCGGUUCGAUGUACAGCUAUGAGAAGAAAGAUAGAGUUCUGAGCGUGAAGGAAGCUGGAAGUUACUUCCUGUACGUCCAUCUCACUUUUUCCUGCAUAUACAAAUGUCCGUCCGGGCAAUUUACCGCCAGCUUUUACGAUCAACAUGAGAACAAGCAGCUGACCUGUACAGUCUUGCUGCCGAAUAUGCCAGAUACGAACGGAUCAGCACCAGUUAACAGGACAUGCUGGCGUGUCAUCAUGUUUCUGGAAAAGGAAAGUAGUCUACUGGCAAAAACUUCGUUUUCAGAACAGAACCUCGACCAUUGGAAGCUGGAUUUGAAUGAUUCUGGAUUUGGGAUGUUUAUGGUUGACAGACUAGGAACUGCAUGAGGUCAUUGACAGACUAACUUCAGGAGAACAUGGACUCCUUGCAUGCAGCUAUGAACUCGUGGGUCUCGAACCCUCAUCGACACUUUUUUUUUUUUUUUUUUUUGGUAUACGCAGCCCAGACGCAAUCUUAGUGAAAAUUUGAGCAGAAUUGGAACAUCCGUUAUUCGCGAAGUUCACAUUCCUCGGCCCCUUGUUUGUUCGUUUAUUAAAUAUACUGACUAAUUUGAUUGUGCUUUCAACUACCAAUAAUACUUUAACACAUUUUACCCAUAAUAUUUAAAUCAAUUUCACAAAAUUACGGAAAAAAAAAAAACGAAAAUUUGCUGAUUUUGUCUGGGCUGAUGACUGACCAAAGAGGUAAACAAAGCUCUUUAAGCACUAUUUAUAAUUUAAAUAUAUUUAUGUGUCAUUAUAAUUGUAAUAUUUAAACUCAUAAUUUGUUUAUAUUGUAUAUAUGAUGAGUUGAUGUUUACCGUGAGUGUAGAACAGUGUAGAUAUCACUACAUAUGAGCAGUAUGUCAGGGGAUGCACCUUUUUCCAAUAAUGCUUGACCGAUGGGAAAAGUUUUUGGCUGUUUGUGUCAUUGUUGGACAGUUUACCUAGCAUAGCAUGUUAACAGCUGUGGCUACUCUGAGAGACUGUCAGUUUGAGGAAUGUUUUCACUCUUCUGAAAACUGUAAAAACCCAAAAAGCUGCACUUAUGAAUGUCCGUAAACGACUCUUCACACCCACACACACUUGUGUUGUGCUGUUUGAUGUGAAGUGCAGAUGUUUUGAAUGCUAACAACUCUACAGAGGAAUGUUACAAUGAUGAAAGUUUGUGAAAUGCUUUAUUUUGUAUCUUAGAAUAUUUAAUAAAGUGAAUUAUACAGAUGUGUGGGGUGUUUUGUG